AUGUCACACCAUACACCGGUUAAUCCGAAGCCGUUUUUGCGCGAUCUCAUAAGCAAGAAAAUAGUGGUUACUCUAAAGUUCAACAAGACGCAGUACAAGGGCCUACUGGUAUCAACCGACAACUACUUCAACUUACAGCUCUCAGAUGCGGAGGAGUUCAUAGAUUCGCAAUCCAAGGGAAAAAUUGGUGACAUUUUUAUUCGGUGCAAUAAUGUGCUGUGGAUUGGCCAAGACGUCGCCGCCGAGAGCAACGAAGAAGUAAAGGCCACCGAAGAAGUUAAGGGUACUGAAGAUGUGAAGAGCUCAGCGGUCGAAGAAGCAGUGGUUCAAGAGACGGCCCCUGCAGCUGGCGCAGAAGGGACACAAGAGCCAUAA